AUGUCGUUGGCGCCUGGUUCCUCAAAAGCAUCAGCAACGCUAAGCCAAACGAGUAGUCCCAUUACCGCCUCCUCUCUACCCUUCGCUAGAGGCUCUGCCGAGGACAUACUGUACACCAUUCUGAUGAAUGCGAUUGGCAAGAAAAUGUCUCAGAAGCUAGAAAUCCACAUUCAUACAACAAGCAAGGGUCCUUCAGAGGCGAGAAUACCCAGAGUAGCACACGAACUGAUCCACUUUCAAUACUGGCGGAGGCGGCACGUGCCGACUCGACUGAUCACGAAAUGA